UAUCUCACAACUCAUAGAAAUUAUAAAAAUCAAUUCACAUAUCACCAAAGCAAAUAUUUUUUAGAGAAUCUGACUUCAAGAUGAAGUUGGUGAUACUAGUAUCCUUCUUGCUCGUUCUCCCAAUGUUUUCUUCAGGGAUCGUUGAGACUUUGCAUCUUGACAACGUCAACCGCAAGGUUAAAGAGUUGGUCAUGAGUGGAAGAAGAAUCGAUCUGGAGAUGGACUACACUGGGCCGCAUCCACGACCGCCCAACCCAGGCCCAGCCAACCCUACAAAUCCGAGAACACAAGUUGAUGAGGUUGUGACAAAGGAACCAACGGAGUAUAUCAUAGACUAUGGGGACUGGUCCCCACGUCCAGUCACACCACGACCGAGGCCAUAUGUACCUCCUCCUCCUCCUCCUCCUUCACGACGACCUCCCUUCACCACAAAUCACUAGACCAUUAAUUUUACUAAACAACUCUUGUCAUUAGACAUUCGUCUUCAUCGAUGUAGUAAAUUCUAAAUAAAUAUAAGGAAAUUUGGCAAAAAAAAAAAA